AUGCACCCCCUGGCCCUGCUGCUGCUCGGGCUACGCCUGGCCGGCGCCGGCUUCAAGAUCUGCGCCUUCAAUACGCACGGCUUCGGGGAGGCCAAGUCGGGUGACGUCCGGGUGAUGGGCGCACUGGUGCAGAUCCUGGUGCGCUGUGACAUUGCUGCAGUGCAGGAGGUGCGAGACGUGAAGGGGGAGGCGGUGCAGGCCCUGCUGCGGGAGCUAAACAGGUACGACCCAUCCCACAGCUACGCCCAGCUGGGCAGCCGGAGACUCGGCCGCGGGACCUACAAAGAGCAGAUCGUCUUCGUGUAUCGGGCGGACCUGGUGACGGUCACGGACUGGUGCCAGUUUGGGGAGGCUGGAGACUUUGCCCGAGGACCCUUUGCCGCCCGCUUCCAUGCGCCCAGCACAGCCAUCAAGGACUUUGUGCUGCUCUCGCAUCAUGCCAGCCCCCGGCACGCACCCCACGAGAUCGCUCAGCUCCACCGGGUCUGCCAGGAACUGAGCCAGCGCUGGGGAACCCAGAACGUGAUGGUGCUGGGGGACUUAAAUGCAGGGGGGGUCUAUGUCCCCCCCAGUGCCUGGGGGUCCAUCCAGCUGCGCUGGGAUCCCCGCUUCCACUGGCUGAUCGGGGACAGCGUCAACACCACCGUGCGAACCCAGACCCACUGUGCCUACGACAGGAUCGUGGUCCAGGGGGACGAGCUGCUCAGAGCUGUGGUGCCCGGCUCAGCCAAAGCCUAUAACUUUGCCAGGAGCCUGGGGCUGUCGGAGGAGGAGGCCCUGCAGGUCAGUGACCAUUACCCCGUGGAGGUGAACCUGCAUCUGGCCAGCCGGACACCGCGGGAGCUGUGAGCAGCCCACAGGGCCAGGACCUGCCUCCAUCCCCAUCAGCGGGGGCCCAAGCUGUCCCACAUCAGCCCCGAAGCCGCAGCACCGGAGUUCAGUUACUCCAGGCCCUGCCCCCCACACCAGCAGGGCAUCCUGCCCCAUGCUGCCCCCCAGGGAAGUGGGGGGCUGUGGCUCUAGGAUUCCCCACCCCUCCAGCUCUGCCCCACAGCACACACAGACGGGCAUUAGAGGCCAAUGCUUUUAUUCCUGUUGCGGGGCCCCCGGGAUGGGGGGCAGCCAGGGGGCUCAGGCGGCAUGCAGGGCCCGCCACUUGUCCAGGGGCCCCCGGCUGGGGAUGUAUUUUACGCCACAGCCAUCUGGCAGCAGCCGCUUCUCAGCCACCAUGUCCUCGAACUCAUCCGCGUUGAACUUGGUGAAACCCCAUUUCUUGGAGAUGUGGAUCUGGGGGGGGGCGGGGACAACGGUUAAGGGGGUGCCAGCUAUACAGGAGAUCUCCCCCAGACACCAGCUGUGUCCCCGCCUUCCCUUAGAGUGUCACCCCCCCACACACUUCUGAUGCCCAUGUCCCCGCGGUCCCUUAAGGCGCUCCAUACAGGGCACGGAGCACGUACACAACCAGGGGGGGUGCUGUGCGCAGCCAUUGCACACCGGGCCCCCACAGCAGGCAGGCCGGUCGGCUUAACUGGCUGCAGGGCCCCCCCAAGAGGGACAGGCCCCAGGCCCCAUUGCCACCUCAUCACCCCCAAACCAGCCAGUCCCUGCCCUGGGGCCAGAUCUGAGCCAGCGCCCAGUAGAGGGGAACGGCCCCAGGCCCCAUUCCUGCCUCCCCAAGCCAGCCAGUCCCUGCCCCAGACAGCCCCACCAUGAUUGGGGGAGAGCCCCCGUUACCUUCUGGCGCCCGGGGAACUUGAACUUGGCCCUGCGCAGGGCCUCCACCACGUGCUCCUUGUUCUGGGCCUUGGUGCGGAUGGACAUGAUGACCUGGCCGAUGUGCACCCGAGCCA